GCGGGAAGUUCCUGUUUCACUUUCUGCGUAAACGCAUGAUAAGAUGACAAAGUUGUGAACAGAACAGUGGGCCUGCAUAUUGCACAUCAGCUAACAUCUGCACCUUGAUGUGAGACGGCUCAUUAAAAGGUGUCACUGUGUCGAAGAAAGUAGCGUCCAACUUGGAGGCACUAUGAGCCUGGCUCUUCAUGAUCUGUUAGUGUGCUGCAGGGGUCUAGAGAAUGACAAAGUUACAGAGAGAAAGAAAGAAGCUGAACGCUUCAGACAACUCAUACGGUCUCCUGAGAUUGUGCAGGAGCUUGAUCGCACCUCAGGACCUAAAACAAAAGGCUCCAAACACCUCACGUGGGAUGCUGUUUUCAGGUUUCUACAGCGCUACGUCCAACGGGAGACAGAAAGCAUGAAGUCAAGUAAAUCAGGUGUGGUCACAGCGACUACGCUGGCCCUUCGCCAGAGGAAGAUGGCUGAAAUUAGCAGUCUGAUCAGAUUUUUCAUACACUAUGCAAACAAACGUGGACCUCGACUAAAAUGCAGUGAGCUGCUGAAGCAUGUAAUUGAGAUACUGCAGAAUUCAUACACCUGUGCAGCCUAUGGCAAAGAUUACAGCCACCUCCUCUUAAAAGAAAUCCUGUCUGUCCGCAAGUACUGGUGUGACAUCACUCCACAACAGUGGCACAGUCUUUUGGAUGUCUACUGUGGUGUGUUCAACUCUCUGUCCGAAUCUAUUAAUCGAGUUCUUGUAAGCCGGGUAAUCCACACGGUGGUGCAGGGUUGUUGUGUGCAAACUGAUGGAUUCAACAGCACCCUGUUCAACUUCUUUUCCAAGGCAUUGCUCAAUUCCAGGCAGGAGAAACACUUGAUGAUUGUGGAGCACCUCGUCUCAGCACUCAACACCUUCUUGAGAGCUGUGGCAAUGAACUGCCGGAGGAGGGUGUGUCGACUAGGGGAGGAACUUCUGCCUUCAAUACUGCAAGUCUGGGCCAACAUGAGGCCCAGUACUGCUCUGAAAGAGGAGAUUGUCGAAUUCUUUACCCUGCAGGUUUGCAUCCACCAUCCUGAAGGGGCAAAGACACAGGAAACAGGUGCUCAUGCUGAGGACUGGACCAGGUGGCGUAGCUUGCUAUACAGCCUUUAUGAAGCAUUAGUUAGAGAAAUCAGUCAUAUUGGCAGCAGAGGGAAGUACGUCACUGGUACAAGACACAUUGGCGUCAAAGAAAAUGUCAUCAAGCUCACAGCUGAUAUUUGUCACCAGCUUUUUAGUAUAGACAGUGACUCGCAGAUAUCAGAGGUAACACAGGCCUCCAUCAGCUCUACCCAGAUGGGUAGUUCCAUAUGUGGAACACCGAGCAAGCGACGACGGAUUGAGCUCAGCUGGGAGGUACUGUUGGACCACCUACAGCAUCAGCGUAGCGACUUUGAUAUCAUCCCAUGGCUGCAGAUAACUACAACGCUCAUCUCAAAAUACCCGUCCAUGGUGCCCAGCCGAGAGAUGGUCCCACUACUGUCGGUGUUGUACCAGCUUCUAGCAGAGCAACGAAGAGGAGAACGGGGACCGUAUGUACUGCGCUGUUUACGAGAGGUGGCCCGAUGUCAGGCCCAUUUGCCAGAAAAGAUCCAAAUUCACAAGCUAGAACUGGACAGACUAUGGAGUCGGGUGUGGCCUCUGGUACUGCGGGGUGUCAGCUCACCACAGUUAGAAGCUCUCAGUCUGGACCUGCUGAACCCCAUUGUCCAAGGUGGACUGGUCAAUAUGGAUAGAGAGUUCUGGAAGCUCUUCUCCGGAGCAGUAUGCAAACCAUCCCAGAGCUCUGUGAUUUGUCUGGCCCAGGUUCUGCUGAAAUGUCCAGUCCCCAAAAGUCCAAGUUGGGACCAUAUGGGCAUCACUGAAGGAUCGGGCGCUCCAAACCUGAAGGAAACCCUCAUGGGCUGGUUGUUGAUGACCGAUCAGAGUGAAGAGAUGGAGGAUAGCUCUAGACCUCAUCCCAUCAUUUGCAGCGAUUUUCCUUACAAUAUAAUUGCGAAAAUCCUGGUCUCCUUGACCUUGAAAGACACACGGGCUGGUCUGAACUUUCUCCUGGGUCCUGAGGGUGUAGAGAGUGCCGUUUUUCAAGAGUCGUCACCACUCAGUGCCAAAGAUGUCUUGGAGGAAAUUGAACAGUUGUACUUGCAGUUUAGCUUCAACUCACAGUUUCCACAAAUGGGAGGACCUUGCAAUAUGAUGAAAAGGACAUCGACAGAUGGACAUUUCACUGCCAUCUCCAGCCUCCAGAAGAAGUUGGAGCAGUUUCUUCUUUGUGUGGCUGACAACAUGCUCAACUGCUACAUUCCUGAUAGUUCAUCCACCCCUCCAGAGUGUCUGGUGCGCUGUGUCAGUUUGCUGACUGGUGUUCUAGCAUGUUAUGUCUCAUCAGGCUAUAUUACUGAGGAGGAGGCAGGACGGUCACAACUGUUUACUAAAGCAAAGAUGCUAGCCCAGGAGUUGAGUGGUUAUGUUUCUAGUGUGAAAGUAAAGAUGAGUGAAGAAUCAACCAUGACUACACUGAGGUCCAUCAUGAGACUGUGCACAUUGUCCACCACAAGAAAAAACAAGGAUAAUGUUUGCACCCUCCCCUCUCGCUUAUUCAUAAUGACUAUACCAGCUAGUCUUGUCAGCGAACUGGCGGAGAUCUACAAACUUUUGCUAAGCAGUGCUUCUCGGAAAGCUUCUGUUGUGGAUGAAGACGAAUCUACAGACGAUGACUGGGAAAUGACCAGAACACAGCAAGGGGAUGACAUUCCUCUUUUUGAAAGUGAUGAGGAGUCCCACGGUGGGACUCAGAGACCCAGGGGUGGAGACAACAACGAAGCGCCGUGUGCACCAGGUGCAAAGAGCCUGUUAGCUGACGAGCAUUUGGCCCAACAAGAUCUUGCUCUCCUCGGAAUCUUGGAAUUCUUGUGUGGGUGCAGUUCUAUCCAGCCCAUUCAUGGCCAGCUUUUUAAACCUCAGGAGGUCCGCCACAGGCUCCUGCUGCUGGUGGAACAAAUUGAUCCGAGCAAGGCCGUGCAUCUUAACAUGUAUCUUGUCCUGUUGAAGAGGCUUUCUGCUGAGGACUCCCUCACUCCAGAGGAGUUUGACUCUCUGCUUCGUCCUCUGGCGGACCUAUGUUCUCGGUAUCGCCAGGACCAAGAGAUCUGUGUUUCUCUUCUCCUGGCUUUAUUACCCUCCAUCAGAAGCCUGGGGAGAACACACCACAUGCAAUUGGAGAUGAAACAUGUGCAAGGGUCUCUACUACAAGUGGUGUCAGGGUUCUGUUAUCUGAGCCAAACAGGGAAAUGCACUUCAACUGUGCGAGUCGCUUUAGUGCAAUGUCUAGUGGCAUUGUUAGAGGCUGACCCAUACUGCAGGUGGGCCAUAUUGAAUAUGAGACAGGAGGAGCACUCAGUGUUCACUAUACUUCCAUCUCUCCUUGCGGAUGCCCACCAUGAAGUCCGCAUGCUUGUGGCUAUGUCAAUAGAGAGGUUGUUCUUGGACAGGAGGCCCGAGCAUUCAGACAAGAGAAAAAUGUUGUCGCUAAAACACCAACAAGCAGCCUUUGAGAAUGUUUACCUGAAGGCUCAGGAGGGCAUGAGACCUGUGAAAAGCAAGUCCACUGAUGAGGGGCAGGACGAGAUGUUCAACCGUAAGGCUACCCUGCUGAAGAGUCUGUCGGUCAUGCUGUGUUGCAGUCCAGUCUGUGAGAAGCAGACCCUGUUUGCCCUUUUGCAGUCUUACAAGGAAAACAAUAUCGAAGAGCACCUCAUUAAAAAGAUGUUGUGUAGUGUAUCUGCAGUAUUGGGCUACAACAAGGUGAAAACUUUUAUCAGCUCUCACUUGUACUACUUGGUGGCUGAGUGGCUCUCCCAGAGACAGUCUGACGACCGCUACACUCUAGAAUAUUUCCCCUUCACACUCCUUGACCAUGGCAGUCUAAAAGAUUUUUAUCACUCCGCCUACCAGGUGCUCAUACCACACCUGGUUUUCCUCGACGACUUUGAGCAGGUGAAGUCCAUUGGUCGGUAUCUUGAACGGGACUGGAGAGAGCUUCUGGCUGACUGCUUCCCCAAGAUCAUGGUCAACAUCCUGCCGUACUUUGCUCUGUCUGGUCAGGAGACACAGGUGGCACAGCAGAAGGAGAAGGCCCACAGAGUGUACGACCUGCUCAAAGAUGCUAACUGUUUGGGCAAGCAGCGAAUUGAUACCCUGAUCCACAGUAACCUGCCAGACAUAGUUGUUGAACUCUUAAUGACUCUUUAUGAAGGAAGUGGAGCUGAAGAAGACAGAGGAGACUUGAAACGCUUUACAGGGGAAUUGGACCCUGUCCCAAACCCACCAUACUUCAGCUCUCACGUCAUCAAAGCCACACUGGAGUAUCUCAGCAAAUGCCACAGUGCAAACCACAAGUCACUGGUGGCCAUUCUGUCAAAAACUCCAAUAUCCAUUCAGAGGAUUCUGCUGGCAGUGUGUAAAAAGGCAGCCGAGACGACCAACGGUUAUGAACGCCAUCGUAUCCUACUGAUGUAUCACCUAUUUGUCAACCUGCUGCUCAGGGAGGUGAAAGACGGUCUUGGUGGAGCCUGGGCCUUUGUCCUCAGGGACAUCAUCUACACACUCAUCCAUCAUAUCAACAGCCAGCUGGUGCACACAGACACACACAGAUUAGUUCAGUUUCAUGAGGUUUCCAACCGAAGCCUGGCCCUGUGCUGCGACCUCUUGACGUCUGUGUGUCAGGCUGCACUGCAGUUUUGUGGCGAUGCUCUAGACUGCCACCUACAGGUCAUUGUUGGGACUCUCACAGCACAGGUGACCAACCAGCCAGCCAUCUCACAACAGGUUCUCAGCCUGUUGCAGUUUCUUGUGAUAGACAAUAAAGAGAAACUGAAAGCAGCCAUCUGCAAGUUAGAGCCUUUUCCUGACCUCCCUGAAUUUCGAGAGCUGCGCUCUGUCCAGAACGCUCUCAAAUACAACACAGGGACCUUCACUUUGAGACAGGAAAUAUCCCACUUCCUCUCUGUGACGUCCUCUGAGUCAUUACCAUUGACCAGACUGGAGGGACUGAGGCAACUUACCCAAAAACUUCAUGACAACAAGGAGCAGAUCAGAGUGCUGCUCAAAGAAUGUCAUGCCGAGCCCGCUGAAAGCAUGCUGGUCAAGCUAGUUCUCAACCUGCUGCAGCUCUGUAAGCUGGCAGCCAACCACCCUGCUGGAGCUGACAUUUUAGAGGCAGCAGGAAGUUGUUUAGGAGAAUUGGGUCCUGUAGAUUUCGCUACCAUCGCUUUGCUCCACGGCAGAGACCAUCUUUAUGAAAAAGCUGCAUCUGUCUUCCCAUCCACUGACUCACAGUGUGUUUACAUCAUCCUCAACUGCAUGAAUGACAGCCUCACUCACCAACGUAUUGAUGUGAGGCAAGCAGCAACUCAGUCGGUGAAGAACAUCCUUGCCACUCAGUCUGGACUCCACUUUUGGGAGCAGUAUAAACACAGUAGAGACCCGACGCUGGCCUACCUUAACCCCUUCCGGAAAGCCAACAAGAAGGUGGCAGUUGUGAGCGCCGAGGAGAGUUCGGAGGCCAGGGAGAAACUGGACAACCAGGAGUUUUGGAUUCCACAAAUGGGCAGCCACAAAGUCUGGCUGAAGAAUCUGUGCACCGCCCUGCUGGACAGUGGAGGAGUCAAGCGUGAGGCUCUUCUACUGGCACGACCUCUGUGUCUGGUGAGCGUGGACUGUUGCCAGAGGCUGCUGCCUCUCAUCAUCCAUUCUAUCCUUCUGGAUGACUCCGAGGGUUCCUGGAGAGAGUUGCUCUCUUCCCAUAUUCGGGACUUCUUUGGUUUUUGUUCAAGAAGUGCUCAGGCCUCAAGCCGCUCUACCACACCACUCAACCCUGACUCUGAGACUGACUCUGCCAGCCAAGGACUGUUUGACAAGGCAUCUCUGCGUACCAUGCUGACAGUUAUUGACUACCUGAGACACCAGCAGAGACCUCUGGGCUCUGAUAGCAAGUCUUGCGCUACUGUAUGUGAUUCCAACUUCUGGCUUGUUCUGAACUACCUGGAGGUGGCCAAAGCUGCUCAGUCAUGCUCAGCUCACUUUACCGCUCUGCUCUACACAGAGAUCUAUGUAGAUAAGAUCAAACUGAAUUUGGAGGAAAGCCGCAGAACCAAAUGCAGAGCAACACGUAAGCUCAACUUUGAAGAGAACAGCCAACAAGUCACUAUUUGUAGCCUGACUGAGAAAAGCAUGGAGGACACUCAUAUCAGCCUGCAGGAGUUGCUGAUUGAUGUCUACAGGAGCAUUGGAGAGCCUGACAGUCUUUAUGGGUGUGGCGGAGAAACUAUGACCAGUCCACUAACAAGGAUUCGAACAUAUGAGCAUGAAUCUAUGUGGGGGAAGGCUCUUACCUCAUAUGACCUUCACUCUACACUGCCUGAUGUCACUCGACAAGUGGGAAUUGUGCAGGGCUUGCAGAACUUUGGGUUGAGUAGCAUCCUUACCACCUACAUGAGGGGUCUGGAGAGUGAAGGGGUGGAGUUGGGAGCUGAGCUCAGAGAGCUCCGUUUCCAGGCCGCCUGGAGAAAUACUCAGUGGGACUGUGAUCUGUCUGAGAGGUUUGACAAAUGCAAACCCGGCUUUCACGAGUCAAUGUUCUGCGCCUUGCAAGCAUUGAGGGACAACGAGUUCUCCAUGUUCGAUCAUACUCUCAAAAAGGCCAGAAAUAGAGAAGUAGAGGAACUGUGUAAAGGCAGUCUGGAGGCUGUGUCCUCUCUUUACCCAGCCCUCAGGAAUUUGCAGAGCAUCAGGGAGCUAGAAAGCGUCAAGCUGCUUUUCUCAAGACCCUUCUCUGAUCUGGCUGUGAAGGAUUUAUGUAACCAGUGGAGACAGCACUCCCAGCUGCUGGCUGACAGCGACUUUGCUCUGGUGGAGCCCAUUCUUGCCGUUCGUUCUGUGUCCCACAUCACGCUGAUGUCCAAGGCGGUGGACCCCAACUGUAGCCAGUAUCUCAGCUCUAUACUCACUGACCACUUACUGGAGCUUUGCAGGCUGGCUCGUAAAGCUGGCAAUACACAGCUGGCAGAGCGGGCAGUCUUACAGAUGAAGCAACAUGGAGUUGAAGGACUACAGGCAUUAUCAUCUGUAUCACCGUGGCAACUGGAGGAGGCCCAAGUGUUCUGGGCAAAGGGAGAACAGGGUCUGGCUUUGGGCCUGCUGAGGCAGAUAAUUUACAAUCUUGAGGAAAAGGUAGACUUCAGUCCUUCACUGUCUCCAGUCUUCACAGAGUGUCUCAGGCUCUGUGGUAACUGGCUGGCUGAAACAUGCCAGGAAAGUCCUGGAGUCAUUUUGGAAAAGUACCUAGAAAGGGCUGUAGAAGUAAUUGAGAGGGAGUCCGGAGUGCAGGACGCCCGGUUGCAGAAUCAGAGAACUGAGGCCUUCCUGUCACUCGCCCGAUUUUCCGACGGCCAGUACCAGAGCAUUGACAAAUACAUGACCUCUUCUGAGUUUGAGAAUAAACAGGCCCUGUUGGAGAAGGCGAAAGAAGAGGUGGACCUGAUGAAAGAGCGUCAAGUGAUGUCCAACAGGUAUACAAUAAAGGUUCAAAGAGAGCUGGAGCUAGAUGAGAAGGCCCUUUCCAACCUGCAAGCAGACAGACAGCGCUUCCUGUGUAAGGCGGUAGAGAACUACAUCCAGUGUCUGGAGCAAGGUGAGGAGCACGACACCUGGGUGUUUCGCCUGGCAUCGCUCUGGCUAGAAAAUGCAGACGUUAAAGCCGUCAAUGACAUGAUGAAGAAAGGAGUGAAGACGAUCCCCUCCUACAAGUUUCUGCCUCUCAUGUAUCAGCUGGCUGCCCGCAUGGGAACCAAGAUGGCGAGCGGCAUCGGAGAGGAUGUGGGCUUCCAUGACGUCCUCAGUGAAUUGAUCUACCGCUCUUCUCUAGAGCAUCCUCAUCACACUCUGUUCAUCAUCUUUGCACUGGUCAACGCCAAAAAGGAUGAAACCUUUUGCAGAAGCCAGCUGCUUAAGAGUGCUCCGAGGCAGUCGUCACCCUUUGACAUGGAGCGUUCAGAUGUAGCUCAGAAGAUUAUCGGCGCAGUGAGGAAAAAGAAAGGUGAGAUGAUUCAUGGGAUCGAGCGACUGUGUGACGCUUACAUCACACUGGCUUAUAUGGACGCCAGCAGACACAAGCUGGAGAAGAAGGCCAUUCCUAUUCCUGCGGAUCAGCCCAUUCUGCAAAUCAAGGACCUGGAUGUGGUCGCCAUCCCCACAGUUGAGAUCAAGGUUGAUCCAUCGGGUCGCUAUGACGACGUUGUAACCAUCAGAUCCUUCGUGCCGCACUAUCACCUGGUUGGAGGAGUCAACCUGCCCAAAAUCAUUGACUGUGUCGGCUCGGACGGCAAGAUCAGGAGGCAGCUGGUUAAGGGCAAGGACGACUUGCGACAAGAUGCAGUGAUGCAGCAAGUGUUCGGCAUGUGUUCCAUGUUGCUACAGCGCAACAGCGACACUCGUAAGAGGAAGCUCAACAUCAAAAGAUACAAGGUUGUGCCAUUCUCACAGUGCAGUGGGGUUCUAGAAUGGUGUUCCGGCACGGUUCCCCUUGGAGAGUUCUUGGUGGAUCCCAACAAAGGGGCCCACAAACGCUUCCGACCUCAGGAUGCGUCCAACCUUGCCUGCCGCAAGAAGAUGAUGGAGGCACAGAGGCUGGGCUUUGACGACAAGCUGCAAGCCUACAUCGAGGUAUGCAGAAACUUCAAGCCCAUUUUUAGAUAUUUUUGCAUGGAGCGCUUCCUGGACCCUGCGGUAUGGAUGGAGAAACGUCUGGCCUACACCCGCAGUGUGGCCACCUCCUCUAUAGUUGGAUACAUCGUUGGCCUCGGCGACCGACACAUCCAGAACAUCCUUAUUGACGAGCAGACUGCGGAACUGGUGCACAUUGACUUGGGUGUGGCUUUUGAGCAGGGCAAGAUUCUGCCCACCCCUGAGACUGUCCCGUUCAGACUCUCGAGAGACAUUGUGGAUGGAAUGGGCAUCACUGGAGUGGAGGGAGUUUUCAGAAGAUGUUGUGAGAAGACCAUGGAUGUAAUGAGAAGCUCCCAAGAAGCUUUGCUGACCAUUGUGGAGGUACUGCUCUAUGACCCCUUGUUUGACUGGACCAUGAACCCCCUGAAAGCGUUCUACCUGCAGCAUGACGAGCAGCAGGAGCUCAACGCCACACUCAGUUCCACCAUGGGAGGGGACGACAUGGACAACCACCGUAAACCCAGUGACAGCCAGAGCUUCAACAAGGUGGCGGAGCGAGUGCUGCUGCGACUUCAGGAGAAGCUUAAGGGAGUAGAGGGGGGCACUGUGCUCAGUGUGGGUGGCCAAGUCAACCUGCUCAUCCAACAGGCCAUGGACCCCAAAAACCUUAGUAGACUCUUCCCAGGCUGGCAAGCCUGGGUGUAGAUGGGACCCCUGAAGGAAUUACCCCCAUAAAAUAUACAUUCUAGUAUAGCUAUUUAAUUGUUUUGUAUAAUAUGAAAAAGUGAUCUCCUUGUUUCAACCGCAAACAUAUUGUUGAAAGGUAUUUGUUGUGAUAAAGUGUACAAUGUGAGUAAGUUUUAUGUGACGUUGAUUUGAUACUGCACAGAUAUCCUUUCUUAUUGCUUCACCAUUGCACCUAAUAUUGUAUUAUUGAAGCAUAUAAAGCAAUUUGUGGGGAAAACAUGAACACUUGCUAAAAUUUUUGGAACUUAGUGUUUGCAUUGUGCACUCAAGUCACAGCAUUGACCAACUUGACUGUUUAGACGAGUAAACAAAGCGUAUGAUGCUUGUCGUGGGCUCAGGAGGGAAACUUCAAGAUGCCUGAAAGUGAGGAGUGGCCAUACACACCAUCUUUCACUAUUUGAUCACUGUGGUGACACAACACAGUGAUCAGUAGAUAAACACCACAGAGAAGGUGGACAAUUCUUCAUCUACAGAAAGAGAAGCUUGGAUAAAGGAACACAAGUUUGCAUGAUUUAAAAGCUUAUUUAGAUUUUAGGCAUUUAAAGCAUCCUGAGAUCCUUUUUUUCUGUUGCUGAGAAAAAGGAGAAACAUGAGCACCAAUGUGGUAAGUCUCUUUUAAUUGUUAUAUUUUCUGCUUUAAAACAAUUGGAUCCUACAUUUAUCGUAUUGAAACGUUUUUUAAACCAUUUG